GUAGACUGUCAACAUCAUGGUGGAUAUAUCAUCUUUUUUUUAAAACUCUUAAUAUUAUGUCGUGUGUUUACAUAUAAAAAAAGUUUAAAUUGCAUAAAGUGUGUGAUUAAAGAUUUUAUACCUGACGUUUUAGGUUUAAGGCUAGGAGCUCCGACCAAGGGUUUCGUAGCCGUAUAUCAGUAAGUCUUUUUUUUAGUGAGGAACCACCCAGAAUUGAAACUAAAAUGGACAAUUAUAUCCAGACAACCAAGAUAAAAAUAGAGGACGAAAAUAAACAGUCUAUAGAGCAGUUUACCAAAGACUCUGAGAAAACAACCGAUGGAGAUGCGUCUAAUGACAUAAGUACGUGCAACAAAACCAUAGUUAAGGUCGAAGUGGACAUUUUGGGUGGUAAUCGUUUUGAGUCUGUAUUUGAAUAUGAAGAAAAUGAUCUUUCUGGUACGCCAACGACAAAUGACGAUUUGGACGAAAUAUGUACAUUUGUCUGUGACAUAUGUAAAAUGUCAUUCGCUAGCAAAAAGAAAGUGACACGACACAUUACUCAGACCCAUGAUGAUCACUCGACAACCUGGAACAGCAUUAGAAAACAAGAUGUCAAUAAUAAACUCAGUGACAUAAGUACGUGCAACAAAACCACAGUGAAAGUUGAAGUGGACAUCUUGAGUGGACAUCGUUUUGAAUCUGUAAUUGAAAUUGAAGAAAAUGAUCUUUCUGGUACGCCAACGACAAAUCACGAUUUGGACGAAAUAUGUACAUUUGUCUGUGACGUAUGUAAAAUGUCAUUCGCUACCAAAAAGAAAGUGACACGACACAUUACUCUGGCGCAUAGUGAUCACUCGACAUCCCGGAAUAGCAUUAGAAAACAAGUUAUCAAAAACAAAUCCAGUGUUAAUGGUGCAAGUAAUGAAGCAAAGAAUACAAUCGAAAGUUCUUCUACAAAAUCUAUCCUCACAAAACACCAAAGCGUACACUCUGGAACAAUGCCCUAUAAAUGUGCAGUGUGCUUAAAGUCAUAUGCCUUUAAAUGCAGCCUUACAAACCAUAAACGCGUGCAUACACGUGAAAAUUCUUUCAAAUGUGAUGUAUGCCUUAAGUCAUUUUCUCGAAAGAACAAACUCUCUGUUCACAAACGCGUGCACACUGCUGAAAAGCCCUAUAAAUGUGAUGUAUGUCUAAAGUCAUUUUCUGUUAAAUCGAGCCUCACAAAACAUGAACGCGUGCACAUUGGUGAAAAGUCCUACAAAUGUGAUGUAUGCCUAAAGUUAUUUUCUGAAAAAUCGAGCCUCACAAAACAUGAACGGGUGCACACUGGUGAAAAGUCCUACAAAUGUGAUGUAUGCCUAAAGUUAUUUUCUGAAAAAUGCGAUCUCACAAAACAUGAACGCGUGCAUACAGGUAAAAAGACGUACAAAUGUGCCAUUUGUAUAAAAUCAUUUUCUCAAAAUGCACACCUCACAAUACACAAACGCUUGCACACUGGUGAAAAGCCCUACGAAUGUGAUGUAUGCCUAAAGUCAUUUUCUGCUAAAUCGAACCUCACAAGUCAUGAACGAGUUCACACUGGUGAGAAGCUCUACAAAUGUGAUGUAUGCCUAAACUCAUUUUCUGUUAAAUCGACCCUCACAAGUCAUAAACGCGUGCACACUGGUGAGAAGCCCUACAAUUGUGCAGUGUGCCUAAAGUCAUUUACUCGAAAAUCGUACCUCACAAUACAUCAACGCGUGCACACUGGAGAAAAGCCCUACAAUUGUGCAGUGUGCUUAAGGUCAUUUUCUCAUAAAUUGAGCCUCACAAUACACAAACGCGUGCACACUGGUGAAAAGCCCUACAAUUGUGCAGUGUGCUUAAAGUCAUUUAUUCGAAAAGAGCACCUCACAAGACAUCAACGCAUACACACUGGUGAAAAGCCCUACAAUUGUGCAGUUUGCUUAAAGUCAUUUUCUAAUAGAUCGAGCCUAAUAAAACAUGAACGCGUGCACACUGGUAAGAAGCCCUACAAUUGUGCAGUUUGCCUAAAGUCAUUUACUCGAAAAUCGUACCUCACAAUACAUCAACGCGUGCACACUGGAGAAAAGCCCUACAAUUGUGCAGUGUGCUUAAGGUCAUUUUCUCAUAAAUUGAGCCUCACAAUACACAAACGCGCGCACACUGGUGAAAAGCCCUACAAUUGUGCAGUGUGCCUAAAGUCAUUUACUCGAAAAUCGUACCUCACAAUACAUCAACGCGUGCACACUGGUGAAAAGUCCUACAAAUGUGAUGUAUGCCUAAAGUUAUUUUCUGAAAAAUCGAGCCUCACAAGUCAUGAACGCGUUCACACUGGUGAGAAGCUCUACAAAUGUGAUGUAUGCCUAAACUCAUUUUCUGUUAAAUCGAGCCUCACAAGUCAUAAACGCGUGCACACUGGUGAGAAGCCCUACAAUUGUGCAGUGUGCCUAAAGUCAUUUACUCGAAAAUCGUACCUCACAAGACAUCAACGCGUGCACACUGGUGAAAAGUCCUACAAAUGUGAUGUAUGCCUAAAGUUAUUUUCUGAAAAAUCGAGCCUCACAAAACAUGAACGCGUGCACACUGGUGAGAAGCCCUACAAUUGUGCAUUUUGCUUGAAGUCAUUCACUCAAAAAUGUGAUCUGACAAAACAUGAACGCGUGCAUACAGGUGUGAAGCCCUAUAAAUGUGAUGUAUGCCUUAAGUCAUUUUCUCAAAAAUCGAGCCUCGCCACACAUGAACGCAUACACACUGGUGAAAAGUCCUACAAUUGUGAUGUAUGCCUAAAGUCAUUUUCUGAUAAAUCGAGCCUCACAAAACAUGAACGCUUGCACACUGGUGAGAAGCUCUACAAAUGUGCAGUGUGCCUAAAGUCAUUUACUCGAAAAUCGUACCUCACAAUACAUCAACGCGUGCACACUGGUGAAAAGCCCUACAAUUGUGCAGUGUGCUUAACGUCAUUUUCUCAUAAAUUGAGCCUCACAAUACACAAACGCGUGCACACUGGUGAAAAGCCCUACAAUUGUGCAGUGUGCUUAAAGUCAUUUAUUCAAAAAGAGCACCUCACAAGACAUCAACGCAUACACACUGGUGAGAAGCCCUACAAAUGUGAUGUAUGCCUAAAGUUAUUUUCUGAUAAAUCGAACCUCACAAUGCAUGAACGCAUUCACACCGGUGAAAAGCCUUACAAAUGAGAUAUUCUGCUCAAGAUCUUUUUCUUGACACUCGAACUUCACAACACACAAACGCGUGCAUGCUGGCGAGAAUCACUUCAAAUGACAUUAUUAAUGUUUCAAUUAUAUUCGUCAACAUUUAAUUAGGGUAUUAUAUUGUUUUAUAUACUUUUAAUUUUUUUUCUAAGUUUAAAUACUAAAAACCUAUUUAAGUAUAACUUAAAUAAAAAUGUAUUUUUAAAUACUACAUUCGAAAAUAGUUCUACAACAUACUUAAAUAUAUUAUAUCAGUAUUCUGUACAACUUUGUUAGUAGUAAUACAUCAAGUUAUAAAGUUAUUAGGUAGGUUAAUAAGAAUAAUAAAUAAUAAUAGGUAAUUAUAAUAAUAAAAUAUAAUUAUAGGUAAUAAUAAAUUAUAUUGAUUUUUAAAAUAGAUUGUUUUUGUUAAAUGGGAUCUUAUUCGAUUUGUAGGCUGACUUAAUGUGUAAUAAUGGACCCAAAUUCUAAAAUAGCUUUGAAAUACUAAAUGAGUUAGUUGCAUUAAAUGGUUAUUAAUUGGGUCUUGAUUUAAAAUGUGGUUUUUUAGUGAUAGGAAAAUAUUGUUUAAAUUAAUUGGGGAGAGGUGGCUUUUUUAAUUAAAAUAUUGGGUAUUGAUGAAAGUUGGUUUUUAUAAAUUUUAUAAACACUCACCAACUUUACAUAAAUAUACAUAUGUUACGUCUAUUUUACAUUACUAAUAAUAAUGUAUCAAUAGAUAUAACAUUAUUAACAGUGGUGUAGAUUUAAGAAGACGGACCCCGCGGUUUUGUGUAAUAAAUAGGUUUCACCCCGUGUUAUUAUAAUCAAAGUUAUACACACUGAUGAAAAGCCUUAAAAUAAGAUGUUCCAGAUCUUUUUCUCAACACUCGAACUUCACAACACACAAACGCGUGCAUGCUGGCGAAAAUCACUACAAGUGACAAUAUCUAAGACUCAAUUAUAUUCGUCAAAUUCAAUUGGGUUAUUAUAUUCUAUAAACAAUUACAAUUUUUUAUAAGGCCUAUAUAAAAUGUAUUUUUAUAUGUUAUAAAUUAACUAAAUAAGUAAUGCGUAUUAUUAUUUGUAAUAAUUUUAUUUGUAUGUCAGGUGGUGACUUAAAUAAUUAAUUAUGUUUGCUUGACAUAUUCUAUAUUGUAAGUAAAAUUUAGAAUACUUGCAUUUUAUUACGUUGUUACAUGUUUUUUAAAAGAACAGUAUUUGUAUAAAAUACCAAAAGGUGUGUCGCGCUAAUAUACGUUAUCCAACUAUUUUCCAUCUCA